UUUCUUCUUUUCCAAAAUUCUCCAUUGUUCCAAAAGAAAAGAAAAACCUCUCCAGUGACCAUGGUUCCUAGCGCCGAUGGUAAGCGUUUUGAAGGGAUAGGAGGUGGCAAGGAAGGUAAGGAGUUUUGUUGUUGGUGGUGUGCUGGACAGAUUGGUGAUGCCGUGAUGGUGGAUGGGGUUGCUACUUCUGCAUUGGGUCAAGGUGGAAUUUCAGCAGAUUGGGGUGGAAUUGUGUGUAACGCGCUGGCAUUUUGCCUAGCAACAUGGAGCAUAGAAAAGGAAGGACCUCUCUACGUCUCGAUGUUCAGUCCUUUGUCUUUGGUGAUCGGGGCGAUCCUAAAUUUUGCACUGCUACAUGAAAAAUUAUUCAUUGGAACUCUUGCAGGAUCUGUUCUGAUCGUUGCUGGACUUUACACUGUCCUUUGGGGAAAAGAUAGAGAGAUUAAACAUAUGAAAUCCACGGAUGUUGGAAUCGAAACAAAGCAAGACGAUCAGAAGGGUGACUCGGAACGCCAGGUUAAGAAGACUAAUGAUCAUCCUACUAAGGUCGAAGAAAAGCUCGAUGUGUCGUCUUAAAGUAGAUUUUUUUAAAGCGUUUGUAGCAAGAAGAAAGCUGACACUGUUUUUCCUUCUAGGGGAGGCAGUAGAUGUUUAUUAAUGUGUAAUUGGCUUGCAGUAAAUUUAGGAUACUAAA